AUGCAUAUCAAAUAUUUUGGUCAGAAGAUCGAAAAAGAUAUCGAUUUUAUAAGACCUGCUUCAUUGACUUUGACGUCUGAAGACUUGUUAAAUCUACCCAACAUCCCAACGGACCAGUUCUCUGCCUUGGGUGACGCUAGCAUCGAUCCAAAGCAAAAGAAACUUUCCAGGAAAUUCGGUGGUACUAUCAGAUUGAAAAAGAGAUUAUCUUCAGUUCCAGAACUGUUCAUUAGGGACUUCAAGUCAAAGAGUGGAGAAAAGAAGAAAUCAAAUACAAAUGACUAUAUUCGCCAUGUCUCGAACUUCGAAGCAUUGCCUGAAGAUCCAAUUAACGAAUAUGACAAACCAUUCUUACCACGUCCAGUGCCGUCCAUCAAAUUAGAUAAGAAUUUCAAAAGUGUUUCAUCCGGUUCUGUAUUGAUCACCACAGAUGUAUACUCGAACCAAGUUGCUCUGCCUUUGGUUGCGACUCCAUUACAUGCGCGCAAUACCAAUGUCCAAAAUAAUCAGAAUAAUAUCAAUGAAGGUAUCGCUAAGACCAGUAGUGACUUUUUACUAGAUGAAAUUCUAACUUACUACCAAAAAGAUUACGACAUGAAGCCAUCCAAUUUACAAGAAGAAAUUGAUAACGUCCUGGUGGCGCUAGAUAACAAAAAUGCAAGCAUAAAGAAACCACUCAACAAUCUAGCAAACCCUAAGAUUGUCAGCCCCGAAUAUGACUCGAUGUCUCUAACUAGUCUUCCUACGUUGGAGCGUUAUGAAACAGGAGAUACUGGCCCGAAAUUAGACACACUAAUGUCUAGUCCAGAAUACACAGGCAACAGUGGUUCUGACGCCUGGAGUUCGUCUGGUGCUGAAUUUUCUGACGCCGACUCCAUCACAGCAUCCAUAAAUCACAUUCCAGUGGAACCAAAACGUUCUAGAACAUUAGACCCAUGUAGAGUACACAAGACGGUAAUAACCGCACAACUAUUCCAAUGGCAUGAUGACCUCGAUUACGACGAUAGCAGAGAAAUAUUAGAAAAUACAGCGUUGAAGAAUGUAUCGGUACAGUCGAACAUCGACCAGUUCGACAACUCGUUAAAAAUUUUACAAAAUAAAAUAAACAACAUUGAGAUUGCGUCUACCAGAUCAUAUUCUGGGACAAGUAGUAUAUACACUGCUCUAUGA